AUUCAAUUGUUCUGUCUCUCUCUUCUCUGCUAUUACAAUAAUAGUUUCAUCAAUGGAGGAAAUUACGGAAUUACCAAAAUCUGCCAUUAAUGAGGAAACAGUUGCACCAAAAGCUCCGAUGAAUGAAGCUGCUGAAAAUAUUGUUGUUGCUGCAGAACCAAAAACACCGCCAUUGAAUCGACCAAUGAUUGUUCUUCCCAAUUCUCCAAUCAACACCCCUGAUCGACUUAAAGUCCCCAAACCAUUUAAAUAUCCUGAGAGGUACACAAGUCCAACUGAUCAAAUGAUGUCUCCAGUUUCGAAGAGGCUUUUAAUUGGUAGAAGUAGAAAGUCGAGCACAUUGUUGCCACCCUCCAAAAAUCGACAAGGUUUACAGCUUCAGGAGUCACUUUGAAUUGUUGAUUUAUUGCGACUACUAUUAUUGGGGGUUUAUGCUUAUUUUUACAUUCAUUCAUGUAGAAGGGGUAACAGUAUUGUUAUUUCUAUAUCUUUCACCAGACUUGACCUACCAAGUCUGGUAGGGAUCAUGUAUAACUUGUUUUCAUGUAGAUUUCACUUUUAUAAAUCAUUCUGCGAAUCACAAAGUUUAUUGGAGAA